AUUGGGCGGCGGGCCUAGGGGCGUGGCCAGGCAGGUGCCGUGGCAGACACGGCCCCCAGCCCCGAACUUCUCAGGCGCCGUGGAGGGAGCCUGAGGGGCCGCGCCGCGCCGCGCUCGAGGCCCCCGCACGGACCGGAGCGUGUCUUUGUGAACCUAUGAAAUGGCUGUAAUGGAAAUUGCAUGCCAAGGAGCUCCUGACCCCACCAUCGGGCACCAAAAGGAGCUUUCUGCUACUAAAGGGCUGAGUGAAACAGUGAGUGAGAAGCAGAGCAGUGUUUGCAAAGUAGAAGAUUCAGAGAAAGUUGCCUUCCACAGUCAAUGGAAGAUCCUGAAAGAUGUGAUCACCAAAGGAACAGCAAAAGAAGAGACAGAAGGGGGUUCUGCAUCCAUUUCCAUCAUCGCCCAGGCUGAAUGUGAGAACAGCCAGGAGUUCAGCCCCACCUUUUCAGAGAGGCCUUUCAUAGCUGAUAGUAAACGUUACAGCCGGUCAGACAGUCUUGAUCAAAUCCCGAACAAUGUGGCCCAUGCUACCGAAGGGAAAAUGGCACCAGCCUGCUGGAGGGCAAGGCAUCGCGGGAAAGGCAGGAAGAAACGUCGCAAGAAAAGAUCCAGGGUCAGAAUACAAACACUGGUCUCUGCUAAGCAAGGGCCCAGAACUCCGGAACAGGAAAGUUGUACACCGAUCCCAGUCCAGGAGGAUGAAACUCACCAAAACACUCUCUUCAGUAACAGCUCCUGUUUUUCAGAACCUUGCAAGGACUCAAUUUGUGAUCAGAUACCAUUUGAGAAACCUAGAAAAGUUCUGCUCGUAGGCAAACUCCAUUCGCUAAGGAACCUGCACAGACCAGAAUUGCACAAGUUGAUAAGCCCAGUACAGUGCCUGAACCAUGUUUGGAAGCUACACUGUCAGGGUGAUUUUGUGCCUCAGCCAGAGACUCUCCAUCCCUUCCCUUACAGUCCUCUUUGUGCCAUGAAACCUAAUCCUCGGGAGAUUAAUCUCCUUGAUGAUCGGGCCUGUGUGAAUGGUGAGCGUUGCUUUUCUGGCCUAAGUUUAGAAUGCAGCUUACCAAAAUGUGUCAGCCAGUCCCUGGAAACCAACUUGGACAAACUUUCUGUGGAAGAAUAUUUGGUGGAUGCUCUUAAGGGGAGCGUGAGUCUCGGUGAGCCGCAGAACUUAGCCAGCCUGGCCAAGACGUGGAGAGGAGGCGGUCUGGAUUUGAAGGAGCAGUUUCAAGAGACAGAUGACAAUGAGGGGGUGCUGCUUACUGAGAAACUAAAGCCGGUGGACUAUGAAUACCGAGAAGAGGUUCACUGGACCAAGUGCCAGGACUCUCUGGGUGUUGGCUCUUUUGGGGAAGUGUACAAAAUAGAGGACAAACAGACGGGAUUUCAGUGUGCUGCCAAAAAGGUGCAAGUCGAACACUUUCGUGCAGAGGAGUUGACGACAUGUGCUGGAGUAACAAGUCCCAAAGUUGUCCCUUUGUAUGGAGCUGUGAAGGAAGGUCCUUGGGUUACUAUCUUCAUGGAGCUAAUGGAGGGUGGCUCACUAGGGCAGCUGAUUAAACAAAGUGGCUACUUGCCAGAGGAUAGAGCCCUCAGUUACCUGGGUCAAGCAUUAGAGGGUCUGGAGUAUCUUCAUGCUCACCACAUUCUGCAUGGAGAUGUCAAAGCGGACAACGUGCUCUUAUCCAGUGAUGGAAGCCGGGCUGUCCUCUGCGACUUCGGCCACUCUGCUCGCCUUCAUCCCGAUGGCUUGGGGAAGUGCUUGGUGACAGGGUGCUACAUGCCUGGCACAGAGACUCACAUGGCUCCAGAGGUAGUAAUGGGAAAACGCUGUGACUCAAAGGUGGAUGUCUGGAGCAGCUGCUGCAUGAUGCUGCACAUGCUUAAUGGGUGUCAUCCUUGGACCCGGUAUUACAACCACCCUCUUUGCUUAAAGAUAGUCAAGGAGCCACCUCCUUUGAGGGAAAUCCCACCUUCCUGUAACCGUUCCACUGUCGAGAUCAUUAAAGCAGGGCUAGAGAAGGAGCCACUUAAAAGAGCUUCUGCGGCUGAGUUGAAGACUAAGGCUGACAUAGCUUUGCAGGAGGUGGGAGAUGUGAAGAACCCUUGGAGAGAAUACAGAGAACCUAGAUGCUUAUCUUUGGAUGAAAAAAACAAUCUGCACACCUCCCUGUCCCCAACAGUCAGCCUGAUUUCUGAGACUUUGGCUAGCCCUGGGUCAGCUCCUUGCCUAUCCCAAACCUUGCAGCCACCAUCUCUGGAGCUGACCGAGAAGACUGGGGUAACCCCUUGGAAUCUGUGCAAGGAGUUACCUAGGAUCUGCGAUCCACUUUCCCUCUCCUCCCUGGCUCCUGUCCCCACCAAGAGCAGCAGCUCCUCAGAACGGGCAACAACUAUCUCGGAACAGGAGCUUCAGCAGCUGGAAAUAGAGUUGUUUUUGAACAGUCUGUCACAGCCGUACUCUCUGGAGGAGCAGGAGCAAAUGCUCUCGUGUCUCAGCAUUGACAGCCCGCUCAUGUCUGAUGCCAGCGAGAAGAACUCUCUGAAGGCCUCUCCGAGCCUGAGGGACACCAUGAGCUCUGGGGUUCACUCCUGGAACAGCCAGACCGAUGGACAGAGCUUCAGCUGGAACAACCUGCUGUAUCGCAGUCGGCACACGGACACCCCCAGCUAUUUCAAUGGAGUGAAAAUCCAGAUCCAGUUGCUAAGUGGAGAAAAUCUUCAUAUCCGAGAGUUCCACAGGACCAAGGUGGGAGACAUUGCUACUGGGAUAAGCAGCCAGAUACCAGCCUCUGCUUUCAGCCUUGUUACAAAGGAAGGUCAACCUGUUCGCUAUGACAUGGAGGUUCCGGACUCGGGGAUAGAGCUGCAGUGCACCCUUGCUCCUGACUGCAGUUUCGGUUGGACCUGGAGAGUCAAGCAUGGUCAGCUGGAGAAUAGACCAUGAGGCUCUUGGUCUUGGAGGUCACUUCCUUAUGUUGAAGCAUGGAAUGACAGAAGCCCACAACCAGCUUUGCCUGAUAAGCAUCAAAUGUAGCUAUUGCUGUUUCCUACUGAACUAGGAUUCAGGGUUCAGCUACUCCCUGCUUUAGUGCAUCAACUCCUUGCUGCUCGGUCUGGAUUCAGUCUCUAGACAGGCACUGUCCUCAUAGGGCGCCCUCUAGAGCGAGGGCUGUGUACAUGCUGCGAAUGAAUGCGGCAAUGAGGAACUUCUGCAGAGAGGAACAGGACUGUACUACUGUACAUCAGCACUUUCCAGGAGAAUGCUGGGGAGCGGGCUCAGAACUCCGACGUGAAGUCAGGAGAUGUUGAACUCGCUAGAGGAAGGAAGCUGGGGAUCUUGUGUAGUAAGAUGGUGGAUGAGAAGGUGGCAAACUUCUUUCUUGGUGGAGGAAAAAUUCUGUUUCUGUAAGUUUUGAAUAGCAUCACUGCCUUAAGAUUAGAGCAGUGGAGGAAAAUAGAAGCUGUAACUGGCUGGGUUUCAGGGUUCUAGUCAAAUCAUUGUAUUCCGUUUCCCUUCCCAGCAGCACUCUGGUUUUGAGGUUGUGGAUUCUAAUCAGAACAGGAUUAGGGCCACUCUCCAGAAAGGGUUUUCCGUUCACCUCUGAUUUCAACAUCCCUUCUGUAGUUCUGGUCCACAGAGACCUUGCAUUAUCCCACUCUUUCAUUAUUGUAAGCAGUGUAUAUCAAGUAAGGGAAUACAUGGUCUGGAGGCUUGAGAGUUGACUCCUGGGUUCUGUUGCCAGCUUUGCCAUUGAUGUGCUGUGCCUUGACUAACCUUUUUGAGAGUCAGUUUGUCCAUAUGAUGGAUAGAAUACAGAUGGGAGGAAUGGCAGCUAGAUUUAACCCCUAUGGAGCAUAUCCAGGUCUAUGAAUGACAGGUACUAUGUAAGUCCUCUGUUAGAGCCAUGGCUAAGAGUACUGUAAGGAAGUCAGUAUCAUUAUCCCCAUUUUACAGAUCAGAAAUCUGAGGCAAGAGCAAAGAAGUGACUUGGCCAAAACCACACUCUGAAUGUAUGGCAGAGCUGGGGCUAGAAACCAUGGCUCCUGACUACAACCAGUGCUUUGUCCACAGACCAUGUUGCAAAUUCUAGUGAAACGUGCAAGUAAUGCUGGGCUAAAGUACAGUUCUCCUCCGCCUUGAUUAGAAGAUGCAAGCACAUUAAGCCUCUAAUCUCCAAUGGUCUCUUGCAUGGUUAAUGUUUCUGGCUGUGUUACAUGAUCAAAAAUCCUGAAUCAGAAAAUCAAAGCUCUUGAAAAUGUGAAUUCCAAGAUGAGUGGAACUUUUGUAUCACUACACUGCUACUCAGCGUAGUGAUAUUUCUAUACUUGUUUCAUCCCAAAAUACUUAACAAACCUGGAGAGAGUAUAUAUCUGUUGUAGCUGAAAUGCAGCCAGCUCUGGCAUCUAGCAGUAACCAGCUAGCAAAUAACACAUGGCAUUCCCACGGAGAGGGGAGACUUGCGUUCCAUUACACUUCUUCUCUUAAGAAAAGUGUCAUGGGAAUUCAACUUCUAAUUUUGAUGGCGAGCCUCCAUGACUUCUGUUUUCAGAAGCCCUAAAGUACAUGGAACUGUUCUGCUACCUUGGAGGAGUGAAAGGCUGAGUUAGCAUUGGUGGGGUUGGAACCUCUUUCCACAGAGCUGAGGAAUUCCAAACCCUAAUGCUUUGUCAACUGCCGCAAAUUCACUGGCAGUGGGGACUCUGGUUCCUGUCUCCUUCUGGGGGGCAGGAUUUUCUUUGUCUUCCAUAAAGAAAACCGUGGCAUUAUAAUCGGCAGCUGACAGUGUGUUGCUGUGACAUUACUACAGAGUGUCCCUGGUAUUUGUCUCCCCCUUAUCCAUUGUUUCGCAUAUCCAUCGCCCAUCAAUAGGGGAAUGUGUUCCAAUUCACGUCGGUCCCGAUCCGCAUAUCCGUCAUUUGCAACCUACAGUACUGCAAACAACAGAUCUGUGGAUUGGGACUGAUGUGAAUGGAACACGUUCCCCUAUAGAGGAGCGACCAAUAUGGGACAGAAAUGAGGAGCCAUGGGUGGGCCACGCCCCACCCACUUAACACCCAGGCCCAUCCCACCAGUCCCAGCUCUGCUUCCUCUCUCUUCCCCCC